AUGGCGUCGGGACGCGAUGUGCGCGAUAUGCUCGGGCUGCCUGCUGCCGGCGGUGAUGCGCCAAAGGCAGUAGGUCCAGCAGCCGUGGCAGCGCAGACUCAGAAGCGCUCAAAGCCUGCAGGAGGGAGCAGGAAGAUACGUACGUUUGGCAGUCCUUACGUCUUUCCUUGGGAAAUCGUCAAAAGGUCGAGACUGACUCUCAUUCGACCAGAGGGCGUUGCGCGCGAGGUUGCUGCGCUAUAUGGCGAACGGCCGCCGCCUGUCGCCGUCUACGAGGAGAAGAAGGCGUAUCGGGCGAAGAGACAGAGCACUGGCCCUGCAAAGAGAUGGGUACAACAGCCGUUUAUGAAUCCGGCGCGCAACGAUGGCCUCGUCCUCAAGCACUGGCGGCGCAAGCCCACGACCGCACCACCCGUACAGGAAGCCGACGACGCGCCGAUGCAGGAAAGCGACACCGCCGACAACUACAUCGAGACGUGCGCCGACUACGCCAAAUACGACAUCAAAGUAGACAUGCCGGGCUUCACAGACGAGGAAUACAACCAGUACCUGCGGAGCGAUGACUGGAGUCGCGAGGAGACAGACUACCUAUUCGAAGUGGUAAAAGACUACUCGUAUCGCUGGCCUGUGAUAUGGGACCGCUACGACUACAAGCCGACGCAACCACGCCCGUCAGAGCCAGCAAACAGCGAGGACCAAGCGCUAGCCACCAUGCCCUUUGCGCCGUCGAAGAAGCGGUCGCUAGAGGACCUCAAAGCACGCUUCUACGAUAUCUCAGCCAAGCUCAUGAAGCAGCGCAUACCGGAAGUCUCCAUGGACGCCGACCAAUACAGCCUGUACGAGAUGCUCACGAAGUUCGACCCGGUUAUGGAGCGGAAUCGAAAGAUGUUGGCCACGGCACUCAUCAACCGCACAAUGGACGAGGUCAAAGAGGAGGAGUUCCUGCUCACUGAGCUGCAGCGCAUCAACAUGGCGGCCAACCGACUCGAUGCCGAGCGCGAGGAGCUCCGGGCACGACUGGACGCACCACCGCAGAACCAGGCCGUUUCCGCAGGACUACAAGCCUUUACAUCAUCACAAGCCCUCCAGGCCCUCUUCCAACAGCUGUUCCAGCAGGAUCGUAGUAAGAAACGCGCAUCUGGCGGUGGAACAGGACCUGGUAGACUCAGCCUCUCCGCAAACGACAUGGUACACACUCCUGGUUCAGCACAACAACAGCUCUCGGCAGCAAAUCGGCGGCAAAGCAUGGCACAGAACCAACAACCCACCGCCCAGACGCCUGUCAAGCACCUCUCUCCACAUCAAGAACACCGCUUCAACGUCUCAACACACGAGAGACUUACCUCGGGUGUCACAUUUGGCUCGGACAAGCUGCUUAAGAUGCGACAAGCAAAGAGCAACGUCCAGACACAAAAGAUCGGCCAAAUGCUCGCGGCGUUGGGCGUUAGUGACAUCGUCAGCAUACCAACGAGCAAGGUCGGCGAAGUCUUUGAGAAUCUCGUAUCGAAAGUUAGCAAGCUACUCGACGUGCGUAAGGUCCGAGAGAAGGAGGAGGGAGAGUGCAAAGUCUUGCUUGCUAUGAAGGCCCGACGAGAUGGCGGUGGUGAAGGAGGCGAAGGACAACCAAAACAAGAAGUCCCUGAAUCACAACAACAAACACCCGGUGGGGACGACGACGCCGACGGGGAGAAUGACGACGAGGAAGACGAAGACGACGUCAACAAAAACUACGGCGAUGAUGCCGAAGCCGAUAGGGACGACCGCGAAGAUAACAACGACGCUGACAACCCCGAUGAUGACGCCGAAGGUGAAGAAGAUGAGGGUGGUUUCAACGGCGAAGACGACGAUGGCGACGUGGAUGCAGAAGGCGAAGAUGAGAGUAGUAAACAGCAGUCUCGAGCAACCAGUCAAGGUGCGACGGGACAAAGCCAUAAGCGGAGCGCCAGUGUCUUCUCUCAAGGCAGUGAAGUCAGUAGCAAACGGGCGAGGAAAUGA